UUCGCCUUGCUUUCGUCUAGCUGAGUUGACCCCGGUCGUUGGUUACUGAGCGUUAGAACAGAAACAACAAUGGCUGACGAGGGGGGCGGAGAAGGUAACAAUAUCAACAAUAAUAUGGGAAAUCAGGUGCCGUUUUUACCAGAAAAUGAGGAGGAAGAGGAUGAAGACGAUAUGUUAUCGGAAGAUCAUGACAGCGACGAUGCAGAAAAGCCAAACACCAUCAACUUUGAUCCUAGUCUCCCAACGUCACAUGCUUACCUUGGUGCGGACAUGGAGGAGUUUCACGGUCGCACAGUGCACGACGAGGACAGCUGUCAGAUGAUCCCUGUCCUGCCGCACGUGACCGUGAUGCUGAUCCCCGGCCAGACUCUGCCCCUGCAGCUCUUCAGACCACAGGAAGUCAGCAUGAUGCGCAACCUCAUCCAGCGAGACCGCACCUUCGCUGUGCUGGCCUACAGUGAUUCUCAGGAACAGCAGGCAGAGUUCGGGACGACGGCUGAGAUCUACGCGUACCGCGAGGAGCAAGAAUAUGGCAUCGAGACGGUCAAGGUGAAGGCUGUUGGACGGCAGAGGUUCAAAGUUCAUGAGCUGCGAACGCAGGCAGACGGCAUUCGACAGGCGAAGGUGCAGAUUCUCCCGGAGAGAGUUCUCCCAGACCCCCUCUCUGCAGUGCAGCUCGCUCCCCUGUCUCGGCUCCAGAUGCAGCCCUCGUGCAGACCCCCUGCCGGGCAGAGCCAAGAGCUGCAGCGCUGGUGGGACUCCUACAGGAAGAGGAACUUCCACUGUGCUAGUCUUACUUCAUGGCCUGCCUGGGUUUACAUGUUGUACGACUCGGAAAUUCUCAUGAACCGGGUAAAGAGACAGCUACAUGAGUGGGAUGAAAACUUGAAGGACGACUCCCUCCCUACAAAUGUUAUAGAUUUUUCAUACAGGGUGGCAGCCUGCCUCCCCAUUGACGAUGCCCUGAGAAUUCAGCUGCUGAAGAUCGGCAGUCCAAUCCAAAGACUGCGCUGUGAGUUGAACAUCAUGGACCGGUGCACCUCACUAUGCUGCAAGCAGUGUCAGGACACUGAGAUCACAACAAAGAACGAAAUAUUCAGCCUGUCCCUAUAUGGUCCUAUGGCUGCCUAUGUGAAUCCCCAUGGAUAUGUCCAUGAGACCCUGACCGUGUAUAAGGCCAGCAACCUCAACCUGAUUGGACGGCCAUCCACACUGCACAGCUGGUUUCCCGGGUACGCCUGGACCAUCGCUCAGUGCCGGACCUGCGGCUCCCACAUGGGCUGGAAGUUCACGGCCACGCGGAAGGACAUGUCCCCGCAGCGCUUCUGGGGCCUGACGCGCUCCGCCCUGCUGCCCCGCAUCCCCGCGGCCGAGAGGGAGGAGGGGGCCGAGGAGGCCGCCCGCAUGCUCUGCCUGUGAUGACCCUGUCACCUGGUUACCCAGAAGAGGGCGGAGUCACAGCGGAGCUUCAGAGAGCCCCGGGCCCGCCCCCGGCCCCACCCCACAGGGAGGAGCAGACUGGCGGCGCACAGCGUCAGCAAACAGACGCGUGCAUCCUUACCGUUUAUUUGACCUCAGCUAUGAUCUCUUUUAUGCUGUGCUUUAGGCUCAGAGGGGGAGGGGGUGUGUAAGCCAACAUACGGGGGCCCAGGGCCACAAAAACGUGCUAAACACCACUGUUUUAUAGAUACAUUGAGAAAAGGGGAAGGACAGAGGGGGGGAACAGAAAGAGAGAGAUAGAGAGAAGGAGGAUAAGCGAGAGAGGGCUCCCUCUGUUGUCCCAGCCUUUUAGCAUGUAAGUCUCUUCAGCCUAGCCCAGUGACUUCAGUACUAUUGAUUAAUAUUGCUGUAGCUAUACCUGCAGUUCCUGGUCUACCGAACACAGUCCUGCUGGGUGCUUGCUGUGUACAUCACCGCUAGCAGCAUGUUUGUUCCCCAUUUCUGGCAAUGGGACACAGAUGCCUAAAGCUCCUGUAUGAACUGUUAUGCAUGCAGUCCACUUAGAGGUUUACAGUGGCCAGAUCCAGUUUUUUUAUUUGAGUUAAAAGUGAUCCUAUCUCUUAUGUACAGCCUGUGUCUGAUUCUUCUCUUGGCCAUACAGCGUCCACAUUAAAACAAAGCACCUUUGAGCUGCAACCGUCUCUGGUUCAGCUGUUAACGUAUACAUAUGUAAAUGGAAAUAACUCUUUUGUUGUGUGUAAAGGUUCUGUGUGCCUCUGUGAGAGUUCAGUCCCUCUGCGCAGUUUGGCCUUGGAUGUUUCCUGCAGGGGACUGCGUCUGAGGAAAGCACGUGUGUACUCCUCUCACUCACGUUCUAAGUGAAGGGACUCACUGGCCUUCAGCUAUUCGCUGUGAAGUGUGAAAGAAUUUUGACUUGUAAAAAGAAAGAGUUUAGACUUUUUUGUGUCUGUGCUUUAUGCUCAGACUGGCCUGUAUUUUUUCUAGAGGUCACUUUUUUGUGUUGUGCAGAGGAAAUGUCAUCCCACCACUGUUAUUCCUGACACAUAUGAACAUAGUGGGGCUGAGGUCAGACCUGUUCUUACCCUGACAUGAAAUGUGUGUGUGUGUGUGUGUGUGUGCGUGCGUGAAUGCAUGCUAAAUAAUGUCUUUAUCCCGCAAUCAUCAUACCUAAAGGGUUGGGUGUAGUCGUUUAUUUUGUGUAAAUGUGCUUGGUAAAUUUGCAAAUACACAAACAUAAAUGUCUAAUAAUCCUUUCUCUGAAAGUCUUAAAAAUCAUUUAUAAAAAUCAGGGCAACACAGUGCAGGAAAUAAUAUUAAAAUGUGCUACAACCAUGUUAAAUCAAUCAGAGUGUGCACUCAGUGCACUUAUCAAAAGUAUAAGUACAUGUUUACAUAUCUUUGUGAAAGGAUUUCACUUUCAGUAUUGCAGUGCUUAAAAUGGUUUCUCCUCAAAUUAAAGUAGCAAAACUCCAGAAAUGCAACUUUUAUUUUUGUGCCGCUUGCCAAUUUUUUUUACAGCUGUGCUGUAUUGGGCCAUAGAUCUUUACAGAGUGUGGAGUGCUAGAUGAGGCUUGGUGAGUUUGAUAAACAGUCCAGUUUGGGUAAAGAUCAGUGCAUUUGCACAGCAAAGAUGUAAAAAAAUAAUGAGCCCUAAGACUCUGAACUGAGCUUCCAUUUUCCACAAUGAUGAACCGGCCAGUUAACUGAUAGGCUUGGAUGGGAGUGAUCCAAGUGGGCAGGCAGAAUCAGGCCUCUGUCCAUUCACAGGCACUAAAUUAGAUGUCCCUAUUUAUCUAAAAGCAAUUUACACCAAUUUAACACCAUGUACAUGUCUGUCAUGUGAUGCUCACCAGCGUUACACACUGGUGAGCAGGGCAGCUAUGCUACUCGGAAGUAAGGAACAGAAGCUGAAACGGAGAGACGGUGAAUUUUUGAAAUCCUUCCUUAUAUCAGAAAUUGAUUUAUGGAUCUGGAAUGAAUGCUUUAUAUUUGACUUGUUGAUCAGCAUAAUCAGUCCUCAGACAGCAAAAGGCAUUGAUUUUCUGUUAAAGGCUCUUUAAAUGUAGCCAAAUUGGGUUGAUUAAUACACAGGUGUGAGCACCUGCAUGUGAUGUAGAUAGUUUUGGAAGCCCUGAGUUGAAACGGUACAUCGAUACUGACCUUUCACUUAAUUACAGUAGGAAAAAAAACAGAACAGUUCGUUCUUGUAUGUUACACUGUGCUUGUUUAUAGUUAUGCAACAUUCAAUUUUAUCAACAGAGCAUCAAUAUUUGUGGACUGUGAUGCUCUUGUUCAGGUGUGACGAAAGCAAAUUCAAGCAUUUCCAAAACGAAAACUGUUAUGCGAUAUCCUGGAAUCUAUUGAGAUUGAAUGAAGGUUUAAAGUGAUUUUUGUCUCGUUUUGGGACGGUCCCAUCCUGGUCAUUCUGCGGCUGUGUCCUCGAGCACUCUGCAUGGGUGGUGAAUGUCCUGAGGUUUAAAGCGGCUGUGCUUUAGUACAGCAAAGACUGUUGUUGGCUUGCCAUCCCCAAUGUGUGUGUCCUGUAGCAAAUUAAAUUUUGAGGUAUGUCAUUUCUGUUCUCCUCAGCUGGAAUAGGCUGAUUGUCAAUUGGUGUGUCAGGGAGUCAUAAAUAAAGCCAUGGGCACAUUGUGUGUGUAAAUGAAAA